AAGUAUUUAAGGCAUACCUGGUUUAUAUACAAGCAGACUUAGCUAUAUACAUAACGAACCAAUCAAAUCGUUGCUUAAGCUCCCACCACGUUAAUCUGGUUUGAUGUGUCUGCAAAGUAUCCCUGCUGCAUGUGACCUACCAAUUGAAAGAUAUUAUUACCGUGUUAUAUUAGUAUGAUUCAUAAUUUUUAUUCAUUUCGAUAAGAUGCGUAAUACUGGUCGGAGAUCUUGAGGAUUUGUCGUAUAGAUAUACUACAAGAACUGUAAACGCGAUACUGGCGAUCCCAUAGUCUAUGUGAAGGUUAUAGUUAGAACAAGAACAACUUGGUGAAGAGGUCUCACCAAACAAAUGUACUUUCAUCCUAUAGGUUUCUGGUUCAUUUCUUAUGUCACCCUGUGGCCACCACAAAGAUCUAAGGGCAUCGCGAUCCUAUGACGGGACAAUCACUUGAUGAAACAUAGCUUCAAUAUCUGCCGUGAGACCUACUGGUCACAUCGAAAUCUGAUGAAAACAUCUUCCAGAUUGUUAACUAAAUCUGAACCAGAAUACACGUUUUUAUUCCAGGACGUCUCGGUGUAUUGUGCUGCAUAGUUGAAUACGAUUCUUAGCUUAUUAGGUUUUUUCGAACGGAAGACAGAGUGGUGCAGUAAAUACCAAACCCGACACCUAAUGGAGUUCUCUAUAGUAUUCUCGGCAUAACCCCGUUCAACAUACUGUGCCAUCACAUUAAAAUAUUCUUUAUGCAACCUCUGGCCACGGAUGAGCCGUUUUCUCAAGGAAUUUAAUCUACUUAUUGCUAGUUUUCUAUUAUUAGGUAGGCUUUGUUGGUGACGCCAGAGUAAAGCUAUUUGGUAAUGCUCGUUCACUAACUGUAUAGAUUUGAAUAUAGCAUCCAAGGCUUUACAAUCUUCAACCGACAUGAGCACACGGUGAUUUGGGUCUUCUUCAAAUCCCAUCUUAUAUAACUGGUCUAAUCUUGCUUCUAGUUCAUCUUUAGACGAUAGAUAAUUUAUGAUACCUAUUUAUCUCGUGGUCUCAUUGUAAGGUUCAAACAACGUCCACCCUAAAGGAGUUUUUAUAGCGUAUGGCUCGUCAGAUUUUCCCACUCUCUUCUCUUUUAUUUCAUGCACCUCAGGCAAAUUACACUCCAUCGGUGUUUUGACGUCUUCGUUGCUAACUCAUGGGAGCGUCACGUUGCGCUAGUGUGAGACCACGAUGCCAUCUGAGAUAUCAUUGGUAACGUCUUACAUAACAUAGGUAAUCUCUCGACUGUAUAUACCUUUGGAAUUCUAAGUGAUGAAGACGAAUAUAAAGAGGAAACUUCUCGUCGAACCACUUUACAAUGAAAUGCGGAUUGGCUAUCCAGCGUUUUCAAUAAAAGCGUCUUAGAUUGUAGCUAGAAGUUUUGGUUUAUAUAUAUAUAUAUGCAAUCAGUGACCGCGCAAAUCAAUUAUCCGCAGUGUGAACAGGCCAAUCCAUUAUGUAAUAAGAUAUGCAAACGCAUAGAGAUUGGCUUUUCAUAUAUAUAAAUAAUUUCUGUUACAGUAAUUGUUUUAUUGUUUCAUAGGGAAUCGAUUUAUCGAUUUGUAAUGAACGUUACAGUCGUCUAAGCCUAAGAGGUAUUCGAUUGAAUCGAUUUCAUAUUGAAUCAAUGGAGGCAAUAUUUCAGCGUGCACAUUUCAGAGUAAUUGAUCUAGAAAAUACAUUUUUAGACGAACAGUCUGCUUCGUCACUGUUUGAUAUGUUACUGCAUUAUGAAAGUUGUACAGAUCUAAGUAUAAGUUUAAAUUUAAACAAAACUCUUCCUAGUCAAGCUUGGAGUCGUUGUGUUAAUUUCAUGCGAAAGUCAUCUGCUCUACGUCGAUUCACAUUGAGUCAUACUCCAUUACGCUUAGAAAAUUUUCAUGGUCUAAGUUUCUAUGGUCUAUGCUUGGAACGUUUACAUUUUAUUGAUUGUAAUUUAACCGGUCAAGCAUUAUAUGGACUUAUGCAAUGGUUGUACAUCCUUUUGAGUUCAACAAGUUUAUAUCCACCAACACGAGACAGACCAUGUAAUUCAAGUAGAGGACAUAAAUUUCGUGGUUGGAGACAUCGUAGACACUCUUAUACUACUUCAGGAUUAAAUUUAUCAAAUACAAGUACUACAAACAUUAUUAAUACUAACACUACCACUAUUAAUGAUACUAAACCUUCUAUUUGGGAAUUAAAAUUAGGUUUAAUGAAUAAUAAAUUGACUUCUUCAGAUGUUGAAGCAAUACUACCACUAAUUCGUCAUCAGUUAUUUAUUCCAAGAAUUUCGGGACCUGAAACUGUUAAAUUUGAAGGUCAUAAUAAUAAUAAUAAUAAUAAUAAUAAUAAUAAUAAUAAUAAUAAUGAAAUUAGCUCAUCAGCUGCCCUUGUAAACAAUGGUUCACAUACGAAAUGUACACAACUGAAAAAAUCCAACUCAUUGUCGUCAUCAUCGUGUGAUUUUCUUCCAGUUGGAGGGAUUGGUUAUUUAUUGGAGUUGAAUUUGUCUCAUAAUAAUAUUGGUGAUGAUGGUUUAGGUAUAUUGUGUACUGGACUGCUUCAAUCUUAUCGAAAUCGUUUACGUGAACGUUUCUCUACGUUGAAUGAUCAAGAAAUUCUUAAACUAACCACUAUGUCAUCAUCACCAUCAACAGAAAAAAGCUCCGAUUCAAAUUCUAAUCGCUGUUGUACACAAUCAAUACCAAUGAAAAUUUGCAGCUUAGAACGUCUUUAUCUUGUAGACAAUAAUUUAAGCAUAGAUGGUAUGCAAUCAUUGGCUAUUGUAUUAAUGCAAACACCAAAAUCACUAAUCUCUUUUGUUGGCGGUUUAAUUAGCUUAGAUUUAAGUAACAAUGUAAAUAUUGGCGAUAAAGGUGUUGAAAUAUUGUGUGAAGGUUUAAUCAGAAACUAUAGUUUAAAAGAAUUAUAUCUUCGUUCCAUUAAUAUGUCUUUUUCAGGAAUUUUCGCUUUAUCCAGUUUUCUCAGCGAAUCAAAGUGUCUAAAGUAUUUGGAUAUACGCAACAAUAAUUUAGAUAUAGCCUCUAUAAUGGCUUUAUCAAGAACUUUAUUCAUUAAUAAAACAUUAACAAGUCUGGUUUCAGAUGCACAUCGUUGGGCGAAUUCUCAGCUGGAUCUAUCUGAUAAAGAUAAAGAUUUAAUUAAAUCUCUCAUUGAAAGCAUCGAUUCAAAUCUUAGAAGAAAUCGUUUAGAAACAGAAUUAGUUGAUAAUAAUAAUAAUAAUGUCUCGAAUAUUAAUUGUGAUACAAUCACACCAACUGAUGUUGUCAAUGACGAGAAUUCGUUGGGACAAUCUGAAUUAAUGAAUAACAGCUCAGUGAUACAGUGUAAUGAUAAUUCACUAACUAAUUGUAAUAUAAUGAAUGGUGAGAUGUCAUUGGACACAACAAAUUGUACAUCGGAUAUAUCAGUGAUACGAAGUUAUGAAUGUGAUAAUAAUAACAUUAAUAAUGAGUGUGGUCCUGAUAAUAAUAGUAAUGCUGAUCUCCAGUCAGAUAAUUCGUUAAAUACAACGAUCGAACAACUUGAUAGUGAUAGUAAUGUCGAGGUUUUGGGUAAUUUAAACUGCGCAAUAAUCUCUACCAAUCCUAUUAAUGAGAUAUUCACUGAAUGUAUAUUGGAUAAUCAAACAAUAAAUAAAGAUGGUAAAUUUAUCAAUAAUAAUAAUAAUAUUAAUAAUAAUGAGAAUUUUGCAAUAAUAGAAAAACGAAGUAAGGAAGAAAAGAAAACAACAAUAGUGGUAGAACAACGACGACCAUCUUUACUUCAACAUUCAUCCGAUUCAUUUAUGACUAUUGAAAAUCUCUCUUCUUCAUCUAACUUAUUCCAAAAUGUAAAUAUACCAUGUUUCAAGGAUGAUAAGUCAUUGAAUUGUAAUACCGAAUCAGAUCCAAUUCAGUCAUCUGUAAAUGUUUUUGACGAAUCAGAUUCACUGAAUACAAUAAGUCAAAAUAAUCAUAAUCAUACAAAUGAUGACGUAAUCAGUAAAUAAAUAUUAUAAAACAGAGAUCGAAAAAAUCCAAAUGAAUUCCUCACCGUAAUAAAGAUACGCCUUCAUCAGUAAAUAUGUCAAAAACCAAUAUUAAUGGUGUUUGACAUAACAGUAAUAAAAGUAAUAAUAGUGCUAUGAUUUUGUUGUUCAAUAUUUUUCCCCUUAGUAUUAACUUAAAAAAAAACGAAAUUAAUAACUGUGCUUUUCUUUUUCUGGUAAGUUAUUUUUAAAAGGUCAUUGAGCUUUUUUGUUUUUAUGUUCAUUGUUAAUUAUGAAAUGAUUUUUCAAGGAUCUACCAGAAUCAUGUUUAGUUUAAACAGGACUAAUGAAGUGGUUGAUGCAGUUAAUAGUUUCGUUUAUUUUUGUAUGACAGCAUUAACAUUAAUUCUUCUAUGUAGAUAUCUUUCAUCAUUUAAGUUACUGGGUAGAUACAUCAAUGUUCAUCCCAGCUCAUAUAUACAAUUAAAUGUCCAUUCUCUUCUACUUUAUCCGUCCUCGAAAAUAGUUGUUGAAAUUGUAUUAAAUCAUAAACUAGAAUACAUUUUUUGAGAUUAAAUAUGAAUUUCUUAAAGAGAUUAAUGUUUUCUUCAGAGUAUACUGUUAUCAACCAAGACUAUUUGUGAUAGUCACUUUGAUGAUUAAUCACUCUCUCAUUGUAUCUUAUCUUAAUUAAGAUAGAGAUGAAAAGAUUGU